AUGGGCCGAUUCAUCAAAGCGGGACGCGUCGUCGUCAUGCUCCAGGGCCGGUAUGCUGGCAAGAAGGCCAUCGUCGUGAAGACCUUCGAUGACGGGUCCAAGGCCCGAUCCUUCGGCCACGCCUUGGUAGCGGGCAUCGAUCGCGCGCCGCUGAAAGUGACCAGGAAGAUGUCCAAGAAGAAGAUCACCAAGCGCACUAAGGUCAAGCCCUUCGUGAAGUACGUCAACUACAACCACAUCAUGCCGACACGCUACAACGUGCCGGCGGAGCUCUCUCCUUCCACUAUCUGCACCGACCAGCAGAUGGACACUUUGGAUGGACGCAAGGAAGCCAGGAAGUUUGCCAAGAGCCUCUUCCAGGAGAAGUUCCAGGCUCCCCCGGCCGACAAGUCCGGGCGCCCCUCCAAGGAUGUCCUGUACAUGCGCAAGAAGCUGCGCUUCUAA